AUGAGUUUCCCCACACCACACGGAUCCCAUCCGACUGUUCACCGGCCUCAACGGCUAGGCGACUCUUCGGAUCUGGCUGACGUCCGCCAGGUGAUCCUUGACUCUUCAUCCAUCGUCCGCCAGGCUCAUCCUAUCUCCGGCUGGUCCUGGUUUAGGGUGGCGCCGAACUUGAAUAUCUCUAAACUACACAAGCGCGUGGGCGUCGCCCAGAACCUUCAUCACGAGGAACUGGCCAUGAAUUGUGGAGCGAAUCCCAGUUCUUGA